AUCUACAGCUUUUCGUCCAAUGUUCUCCGCUCAGUUACUCGCGAGUGGUUGAACUUAUUUAUCGACAUUUUAGAUGUGUUUCAAGGAUCAAGCUCCAGAAUGGAGGAAGUGAGUGCAUUCGAAAAUCAUUAUUUCGAAGGUGUUGAAAAGUUGCUUGAGAUAUGGUUCACUCAAACAGAAUCGAACCCAUCGGGGGACUUGAGAAACAUACCCCGGGAAAAAUUAGAAAGACUGUUGAAGACAGUGCGAUGUGGUGUCAUCAGCUUUUCAUCAAACGAUGAAAUCGAUGCGUAUGUUCUCAGCGAGAGCAGUCUGUUCGUUGCUAAAAGACGGUUCAUCCUGAAAACAUGCGGAACAACCACACCGUUGAUGUGCUUGAAAUCAUUGUUAAUGCUGGUCGAGCAGUAUGCUGGAUUCACAUCAGUUGAGGAUUUAUUCUAUUCGCGCAAGAAUUUCAAGCGCCCAGAGUUGCAAAAGAGUGUUCACCGCAGUUUUGAUCAAGAAGUCAAGUAUUUGAAUGCCCUCUUCAAAAAUGGGGUCGCAUACACUAUGGGGACAAAUGACUUCGGCUGUCAGUGGUAUCUGUACACUUUAAAACCACUUUCAAGCAGCAACAGCAACAUAAAUGGGAACCCUGUUGGUUUAAGCCCAAAGAAGAAACUCAACAAAGAUGUGGCCGGCGACCAAACUUUGGAGAUCCUCAUGACGGAUCUUGAUCCAGAAAUCAUGUCUAUUUUUACAAAGUCAGCAUCAUCCUCAGCACUUGAGGCAACUGAAAAAUCUGGAAUUGAUAAAAUUAUUCCAAAUAUGGAGAUCGAUGCGUAUCUGUUCGAACCCUGUGGAUAUUCAAUGAAUGGAAUUUCCAAAGAUGGUUAUUACAUGACUAUCCACAUCACUCCAGAGCCAGAUUUUUCUUAUGUCAGUUUCGAGACCAACGUGCAGCAAGCUUCGUACAAUGAGAUUAUAGCUCUUGUUCUUGAGACUUUUCAACCAGCUCAGUUCGUUUGUACUGUAUUUGCAAGCAAAAAAUCAGCCGCCCUUGGAAGCAUUCGCGAAAUGAAGUACAUGAAGGAGGUUGGGAAGUGGUCGCAACAGGAGAUUGAAUUUUGUAGCCUGAAAAACUAUGAUCUGACCUACACUUUCUACUCGAAAUUCCCAAGCUGAGGUUUAAUAGGGGCUCGUCUUUUGCACAGGAAAGUACAGAGCCUUCACAACCUCAAACUGUGCGACUAUUUUCUUAGUAUUCGCUCUAAUUCGCGCUUCUUAAGACACGUCAAUCUUAAAACUCUUUUCACUCUAUGCUUUUUCCUCUUCAUUCUAAGUUCCCAAUCUUCGGGGAGCUUCGAUCUUGUUUUCGCUUGGUGGCAGUACAAAAUCUCUUAAGUUUCCUGCGAUCUGCGUAUCUAGUGCUAUGUGUUUUAUUUUCCUUAGACGGAAAUAGAAUGUAAUUUAAAUUCAGUUCAUUUGAACCAACUCUUUUUUCUCACUAGGAGUCCACUUUGUGUUUUCCUUUGCUCAUUCGUCACAGUAGCACACGAAAAUUGCAUCUGAGGUCUGCAGCUGGGUGUCUAGUCUCUUGGUAUUGUAAAUCUCUCUUCCAGAAUGUCCGUUGCUAAUUUACUUUCACUUCUGCCUGGAGAACAUGCAAUAGAUUCUUCCACAGAAACAAGAGCCAAAAUCAACAACAGUUUUUCAGGCAGUACCAUUAUUUCUUUCAUGAUGCUCCAACACCUUGCUCUAACUUUUCACGAUUUAUCAUAUUAUAUUAAUCCCAAUGUUGCAUUACUAUUGUAUGGCACCUAGAUAAGCCUUGCUUGCAGGCAGUGCUGGUCAUGUAUUGAUAAUGUAGAACCGUGUAGCGAUAAAUUGUUCAGAAGUUGUCUCUGGGCUUGUAUAAUACUUUUUUUCUACUGCAACGGAGAAAGUUAUAGAAACGUUAAAAAAUACUUAAGCAUAGAAAGGUAUUCAUUUCCUCUGUUUUCAAAUUUCAUUGUAAGUGUUUUCAUUGCCUCAAUAGUUUAAAAAGUAUUAAUAUUAUUGUUGUAAACAAAGUUCAUUCUCAGUGAUGAGUAUCGUAAGGAGGCCAUUCUACAGAGGAACUGUGAAUAAUUUUGGUGUAUUUCAAUUCAGAAUCACUAGACACCAAAAUGCAAAUCCUCUGCAAUUUUCUUAGAAUCCUGUGUACUAUUUUGCAACUCUACUGUCUCUCAUUAGAUUUUGUUUUUAUUGUUAGGACUGUCAACCCCUCCCCCCUCCCCCUUCCGUUGUUUCUGUAAUGUAAAAGAUUUAUUUCUCUGCAGUUUGAGUCCAAUUACCUUCCCUGGAAAAACAGGAGGCUGUUAGUAAGAAUCCACAAUUAUAUCAGGAUAACAAUUUUUAUCUUUUUUUAGAAAAGCCUAAAAAUUGUCAUGGUUUAUAAAAAGCCUGAAAAUUGUCAUGGUGUAAAAAAAAGCCCCCUUCCCCCCCCCCAAAAAAAACCAGGCUGUCUGUAUCCUAACAGAAAUCACCAGUCAAAUUGUCAUCAAAGACAAACAUGAAUUAUUGUAUUUUUCAAAAAAUAUUUGUAUAAUUUCUUGAAACAUAAAUUAUCAUUGUUAUAUGCAUUGUGGAUCCGUCAUUGCUGCUAAAAAUAGCGGGGAAAAAUAAUGUAAUUAGGGCCUUAUGAUCUAGUUUGCAGUUGUUAGUAUGGUAAGAAUGAGAGUUUGAAACGAAUUUAUUUUACACGAAGUUUGAAGAUUUUACAAGCACGAGUUACUUUAGAAACAUUAAAUUGGUCCUUAGCAGUUCGACCACCUUUCUUCUCAAUCCAGUCAUUGCUUUUAAUGAAUGACAUUGUAAAUGUUCUGUACUUUGUUGAGUACAAGUGCAAGUAUCAGCCUGGGUAUCAAAAGAUUUUUUUAUCCCUCUUGCUAUUCCUCAAAUUUUCACCGAUAAUAUGUACAUAGGUUUUUGUUCUUCCACAUGCUACAAUCAUAUUCAUAUUGCAUUUAUUCUAGUUUUUUCUUCUACAUUUAAGUCCUUGAUGAGAUUUAAAUGAAAUUUCUAUGUUUGUGAAGGAUUGUUCGUUUGUCUACAGUGAAUGUGGCUCUUGACAGAGUUUACCUAGAAUAACAGGUAUAAUCUUACCUGAAAGUUCCUCAUUUAAAGCUUGUGCUCUUAAAAUCCUAAAAUCUAUUCCAAACCUUAUUAAAUCAUAUGAACUGGCAGUGUCCAGGGUGUCUAGCAGGGUUUCCGACGUCCUGGAAAACCCAGGAAGUCAGGGAAUAUUUCUAUCAGCAUUUCGAGAAGCCAGCAUAAGUAACAGGAAAAAAUCCAAGGAGAAGUUUUGUUCAAAGGUUAGGGAAAAUCUAGGAAUUCAAAAAUUUCAAAGUCAGGGAAUCAAGAAAUGAGGAAAUUGUGGAAACUCGGGUUUAACGAGAAAACUAAGAAAGUCCGGGAGAAUUUAUGUUUAAAAUUCAAGGGUCAGGGACCCUAUUUGUUCCUAAAUUACGUAACCCUUUUUUUGGCAUUUCACCCCCCCCCCCUUGUAACGCUUUUGUGAUGGAGGACCCUAUCUUUUAACACUUAAAAACCAAAUAAUGUAAUGUUCUCCUUGGCCUCCCCUCCUCCCCAGAUUGUUACGUAAUUUAGGGAUGGCCCCUUAAAAGCAAAAGCUUUACUAGACACCCUGUGUCUGCUUGAAGAGAAGAAUUUUCAACAUAUAUUUCAAGUUUGAAACUGAUGUUAAGAUCAAAUGAUUGGAAUUAAAAUUGGUCAAGUUAUGCAAAAGUAACUUUUAAAAUUGUAUCAGACUAUCAACCAAGGUUUACAUUUUUAAUAGCGCAGGCGUACUUAAAUAUUUUACUACAUACUAGUACAUGGCUCUUAUGUUUUUUUAUUUUUACCUAUUUUUAUCAAUUCAUAUGAUUUUGUCUUAUUUUUUCUUUUCCUUUAUGAAACUGUACCAUUGUUGUUUUUAUUUAAUUUUUUAUUUGCUCAGUUUGCUUUUUUCAAAAUUCUUUCCGUCACUCCUAGUCAAAGGGAGAUGAAACCCUCCUCCUAUCGUAAUGCCCUAAACUUUAAGUUGGAACAAGGUGCUAUCUUGCAUACAAAAUUUGGUGUGUGUUGCUUCCCAGGCAAAUCUCUGUUAGUAGUAUACGGGAAAUUAUGUGUAUGAUUUGUCUGUGAUACAAUUUUUUACCCUUUUCUCAUAUUCCUGAAAUCACAAUUUCACUUAUUUUUUUACAGAUAUUUUUUCUUCUUCCUUAGUUUCUUUUUGUGAAGAAAAUAGAGUCAAUGUAAUGCGAGAAGAAAAAAAAAAUUUUUUGUUUGCAAAUUACGUUUAAUUAGAUUGGUGCUUCUGUUUUACAGGGUGAUAAUUUUAACAUUUUUUGCAAAUAAAACAGACAGAGAAUUUGAAAGGUGAAUAGCUAGUAGUUUGCUGAAGUUGAAUCGGAUGAUGCGGGUCUAAGUUGGCAUUUUUAAUUCUUUGAUGACUUCUGUUAAAUUUUUGAAAUCGGACUGGAGCCUAUAAUUGUAAAAUUUGCCAUUAUAAUGAAUUUCCCAAGAUUCACGCUACCUCUUGACACAAACCUCUCUAAAAGUUUCAAACUGUACAUUUUUAAAUAUAUUUAUUGAGAUCCUUCAACCUAGCAGUCAUACCUAAGUAGGAGGUUUAUACCUGAAGGAAAUCUUGACCCCAAACAAUGAGCUGUAGGAAAAUAAGUUUUACAAAAACACCUAUCAUAUUUAUUAUUCUAUGAGUGACAGUAAGUCAGGAAAGUAUAGAAUGUUAACAAAACUUCUCUGUGAAAUACUUUUAAUCUUUAAGUUUUACAGAGUUCGGAAAGAACAUGAAUCAAGAUUAUUAUGUGAAAACAUCAACUCUAAAAUCAGCGUUAUCUCAAAUUGCUUUUUUGUAUCUGUAUUCACUUGCAAUUUUUUACUUGACUCAUCAACUCACGAAGAAAAAGUGGGAGGGGUUUUUCCCCUAAUUUACUACAAUAAUUGGGUUCAAGUACAAUGUUAAGCUACGUCAUCAAAGAAUUAGAAGCUGUUUAGAAUUUGUGUCGAAAUUCCUUGAUUUUGUUUCUUAGUUUUCCUAAUGAAUACUCAUUUUUAGAAGCUCAGUUUGUACAAAUCAUUGCUUGUUGUAACCAAAAUAUUGUGAAGUGAUUAUUUCUUCGCCCAGAAAAAUUGUAAUUUCAUCUGUUUGAUGUUUUUCAAAUCUAGUUCUUAUGUCAUCAUGAUUAAUUGUCACUCAUACAGACAAUUGAUCAAAGAUUUUUUCCAAAGGGUAGAAAGAAAAAUUCACAUUUCAUUCAAUUAUUUUCUUAUGGAAGUUGAUGUCCCAGUCAAAUUGGUGAUAGAGUAUAUCAAUGGCCGAUGUGUAAAACCACUUUUCUCCGUUGCAAAGCUGCAGACCUCUUGUCAUAAUUACUUUUUAUUCAGAAAACUAGUCAGCGUAAUUCCUUGUAAACUUUCUUGAUUCUCCUUUUCUGUCUGCAGAAAAUUCUGCUUUUGAAACUGUUAAGUUUGCUUGUUCCUUUUCAAAAAAAUAAAAUAGGAGCGGAAAUGUUGAAACUCUCGAAUAGAUUUACGUCAUUUUGGACUUCCGCCAUCGAUAUCGGAACCCCAUCUGCUCAGCAUUCUUCAUUUCUUGAUAUUCAAUACCACGCUAAAUCAUGAAUUUAUGUUUGUGAAAAUUUUGAAGACUUUAAGUUUUUAUUUUAAUAAAUCUAAGGUGAGAAGCAGAUUUUUAAAUAAAUUGAACAUUUACGGCUCUGACAAUGAGGAAAAGUCACUGAGUUUAAGCUCUUUCUAGAAUGAGGUCUGUAAAACAACAAGUUAUUUCUUACUGCGGGGUCAGCUUUACUUUGCUAGCUGUUAAAAGAUGCAUAGCUCUGCAACAACAUCAUGACUCCUGUCAAAGGGACUUUUAAGAGAGAUGAUUCAAUAUUGUAAAAUGUUCUUUGUGUUAUGAAAUUUGUAUUGAUUUUAAGUCCUCAUAGAAAUAACAACUCUUCUUUCAGUUCAGUCGCUUCUUUUGUUAUACUACGUUUUUUGACUAGCAUUAUUUGAUAAGAGCUGUCAAAUUUAUUCUGACCUUUUGUCACGAACUGUACCAUAGUCGCUUAAGAAAUCCUGAGUAAUUAUAAUUGUCACGUUCUAUCAUGCAUCAUGUCACCUAGCAAAUUCAAUUUUGAAGCUCCCUCGAAGAGAGUUUUCCUAAUGAGGAAAAACUACUCACAGGAAAACAGUAGAACGAUGUCAAGUUUUUUACCUACCUACUCAAUGGCGUUUUCUCAAAUUGAACUUAAGAUGCUUGGUAGUAAAAUGUACUCUUUAAGAAUUUCACAUUUUAUGUACUCAUAACAGUAAUCAGGAGUUGGGAAAUAAUAAAUAUCGUUACCUUUUUAAACAAAAGUAUAAUCUGCAGUCUUUUAGUCUCAUUCAUUGAAAAGAACUGUCUUAUCUCAUGAAUUUUUCUCAAAAUCCCUCUCCUUUGAGUAUAAGUUAUACUGUGUUAAGGAACAAAACGCAUCAACCUGAGAUCCUUGCCAAUUUUAUUUUUUACCACUACUCCAAUUCAUUUGCUUGAUAUCUGUUCGGAACUUGACCUGUCAAAAUUUUAUUUUUGUAUUAUUCGAUUGUAAUUAUGUCCUUAGUUCAUUAAAAUCUUCUGAAAUUGAAA